AUGUGGUCUAGAUUAGUGCGCCGGAGGGCACUUAUAUUAUUAAAAAAUCAAUCUGCUUCUACAAGGAGUCAAAUCCAAAGAAGGACGCUGGUCUCAGCACCUAAACCUGGUGAUGGACCUCUGAUGGAGAGACGUCCGGACCGAGAGCUCCCAAACAUCGACACAUUCCGCUGGGCGCGCACCUUCCCCAUCUUCCUCGCCCUAAUCGCCGCCUCUAGCGUCGCUAUCUUCAACUACCAAAAACUCUCCAGCCCCACCGUAGCCUCGACCCUAUACGCGCUGCGCACGAGCCCCCGCGCGCGCGAGAUCCUCGGCGACGAGAUCUACUUCAAGCACCAGAUCCCGUGGAUAGCCGGCGAGAUGAACCAGCUGCGCGGCCGCAUCGACAUCCACUUCCCCGUCAAGGGCACCCGGUCAUCCGCCGUCAUGCGCUUCGCUAGCUUCCGGCCCACGCCCAAGGGCGUCUUCGAGACUACAGAGUGGAGCCUCGAGACUCCCGAUGGCAAGAAGAUCAAUUUGCUGGAGGGGGACGAUCCGUUUAGGGCGGUGGCUGCGUUCCCGAUGGAUGAGGAGGAGCGCGAGGAGGCGACGAGGGGGUUUAGACAGCAGCUUAAGUGA